AUGUGUACCUGGGAGUUAGUCAAGUUCUCCGAGUGUCGCCACAGCGAGCUGCAGAAGAUGGCAUACUCGUGCGAUAUAUACCGGCGCCACGUCUACGGCUCAUGCGUCUAUGACGAGCGCUACGACCGCGACCGCGUCUGCAAAGUCUUCAGCGAGGGUUUCUGCACCAGGUGUUCGGAGCUCUUCAAAUACGUCAACUACGAGUUUGCAUCUCAGCCAGGACCAACAAAGUUUGCGGCGCCGCCCCGCGAACGGUGGAUCCGCGUCAUCCGGGGGAGGUGGGUCCCGCAAUUCCGGAUUCCGGAGGCCGGCCCGGAGGUCUCCGGGUCUUACUCGGCGCUUUUCUUCUAG